AUGAAAAUUGAUGGGGUUGAUGGGAAGACAACAGUAAAGACAGUUCACAAGCCUCGGGCUCGCCAGAUGGCCUUCUGGAAUAGUGUGCUGCCACAGAUUAUUGCUCUCCAAUCAAAACCGAAACAAACUGUUAAAGAAAAAUACGGUAUAUUAACCUGGAGUUUGGCCAUUGCAGCAUCCGACCAACGAGCCACCAAGGAAUGCUUCUAUAACAUUGCUAGAUUUCCAAAGGUGCUUGGGUGUAUCGAUGGAAGUCUUAUCCCCAUUAUGCGACCCAGCGAUGACGAAGAAGCUGUUUACGUGUGCAGAAAGGGUUUCCAUGCCGUAAACGUUCAAGCUGUCUGUGACGCAGAACUACGGUUCACAAGUGUGGUGUCAAAGUGGCCUGGGUCAGUUCAUGACUCGUUUAUGCUUCAAAACAGCAGCAUUGGGCAGUUCAUGGAGACGGCUGGGAUUGACGGAUGGCUGCUAGGUGAUUCAGGAUAUGCCUGUCGCCCAUGGCUGCUUACACCAAAAGUCAAUCUAACCACACCUUCUGAGGAUUGGUACAACACUGCUCACUGCAGAACCCGCAAUACUGUGGAGAGGGCUUUUGGACUCCUCAAAUCCAGGUUUAGGUGCCUACAUAAAUCAGGUGGCUGCCUCCCAUUCAAUCCAAAGAAAUGCCAUCAAGUUGUGUAUGCAACCUGUCACUUACACAAUUUCUGCAUCAACCUCAGAUUGCCAGCUCCUCCAACACUGGAAGACCUUACCCACGAAGAUGGGAUAUCUUACCAGGGACCUCUAAAUGAUGGUUUCAAAGUUCGAUGGUUUCAAAGUGUCAUAAAAAACUGCUUUUCAUAA